UCGUUGCCCUUACUUUCUGAAAUUUCAAAUCAGUUAAUUACGCUCUCUGAGAAUUGUCGAACAACAACCCUAAACCAUUGCCUAAGAUAUAACUACCUCGUCCGCCCCCGGGAUUUCAGAGUUGAUAUCCUUCAAAAGUGGCUCAACAAACCCCAUAGGAGCAGAGACUUGUUCAAGCCUCUCUCCAUCAUUCUGAUUUGAUGUUUGACCGGACUCACCACCGUUGUCGGCACCCAUUUUCUAGAUGGAGUCAGUAACCUAUGUCAACAGGUGUACACCAAAAAUAAAAUGUGGAUGUGUACACCAAUAAUAAAAUGCACAUCACCUGCGCAAAGUCAAUCCCGGCCGUUGGUGUCAUGCGGGCAGCCACCGACUCGUUUUCUUUUGGCUGUGCACCCUCCCCACCCCUCGUUGCCCUUAUUUCCUGAAAUUUCAAAUCAGUUAAUUACACUCUCUGAGAAUUGUGGAACAACAACAGACCUAAACCAUUGCCUAAGAUAUAACUACCUCGUCCGCCCCCGGGAUUUCAGAGUUGAUCUCUUUCACAAGUGCCUCAACAAACCCCAUAGGAGCAGAGACUUGUUCAAGCCUCUCUCCAUCAUUCUGAUUUGAUGUUUGACCGGACUCAUAGCCCACCGGUGGAGCCCCUACCCAUUUUUGAUGGCCCUCCCCACCUUCUGGAGCACUUCUUUCCUGCAUCAAAUCCGUUAAUAACGCACUUCAAGUAAUGUACAACAAUAACAGACCAAACUUAAUGUGACAGAUAUAACUACUGUCUAUGAUAUAAUCAGUAGCGGACACGUUUCAAUUCCGGUGGAUGCAACCUUAGAUUUCGAGGAGGGGUUUCCAUCCCAUGAAGGAUGAAAGGAGCGUGCACUACCAACCGAACUGUAACAGUUCGGCUUUGUUUUCUCCCAUGCGACUGGGGAGCCUUGCUCAUACCGGUACGUUGGGUUUCUUUUCUGCCAUGCCCCCGGGGAGGUUACCGCAUGUUGGAAGGUAGAAGAAAUCUGCAAGUUUUCACAACUAUUGUUAUUACCACUACUUAGCCAAACACUACACAACUAAUUAAGAUGCAAACGAACCUCUGCUGGUAACACAUAGGACUCAGGCUCAACAUCUAAUACAUCUCCAAACAGGACGAGGGCAUUCGAUUGCGUUUCUUGCUGCUGACCAUCCCCCCCAGCGCUGGGUUAGAAGUCUAAGCAAUAACACAAUAAAACUAUCUAUCACAUUACCUGAUCGCCUUUGUUUCCGCCGGAUGGUGGAAAACCAGCAUUGUCAGACUCGUUUUCUUUUGCAUGAUCAUCAUCAUUCUGGUGACCACUUUCUCUCUCUGAUGAGGGUGGGUUCUUUCUUCUCACUUCCUGGAAAACGACAAAGGUGUCAGGACAGUAAAUGACCACGAAUUUGUAUAUUAUGCGAAAAAAUAACUUCGGCGUACAACCUUUGUCACCUCCUUUCUACCUCCAGAUCGACGCCGAGGCAACCUUUUUUUCACACCAAGCCGAGUGCCAACCGUUUUCCUUUUUUUCCCCUUACUGUUUUACCCCUCGGUUUCACUCACAAUACUAUCAUCAGGAGACAGAGUGCGACGCACCUGCGGAUCAUCCAUCGCUUUCCUCUUCCUAGCGUUGCGUUAGCUCUCCUCGGGCAGACCCAAACUCUUGCAAAUCAGUGUCCGCAACUCUUCAAUAUUGUUCUCCAUCUCCUCAAACCGCUGGGAUAUCCAAUGUUUUAAAUUUUCAUGCGUACACCUCUCUGAGCAUUGACGAUUCCCUUCUCCGCUGUUUCCAGAAGAAGAAAUAUCUUCAACUUCAAUGGGCACUGUAUUACGCGGUCGCAAAUUUCUCUGGCGUACGGGAGUGGGACAAGCUCCCUCCUCCUGCGCAGCGUCUGGAACCUUAAACUUGGGGGAAAACGACUGGUCACCACCUGGAAAGUCCUCAGGUUUGAAUGUUUCCCCACAAAGCAACUUCUGCACCAAAGAAGUUACUUGCCUAUCUUCAUUCUGGUCCACCAACAUCAGCCGUUCCUCAUCAGGAAUCACGGUGAAGUGGACAGAGAGCUGCAGACAGGCAAAAAGCAAUGGAAGACACGUUAACACCAAAAGCCGUAACCGUUUUACUUCACUGUAUUUUUGCAUCCGCUGUAUUUACAAUAAAGGGAAAACAAACUUACGUCUGGGUCUUCCUCGACAGCGACUAUGUUGUUGACUGUGAGAAUAGUCAACGGCGAAGAGCAAGCUCCGGGGGAAUCAAUGAAAGUGGCGGUGUUCCCUGCGUCGGGAAUUUUAUCCAAUAGCAGAGGCACAACAUCAAAUAAGAACAACUGCAGAGCAAGUGGAAACCCAUAGCAAACUGUUGUCUUUUGCGAUAGCCGAUAACGCAUCACUUGCAGUGGGUUCUCACCUGGUGCGACAAAAAGGGGAGGCAGGAAACGCGGCACGGUCGUCAAGAACGACUCUCGACCCCACGGAUACGCCAAAAAGCUCUCAACGUCUGACAGCAUCUCAACGUACCUGGGCGUUAGUUUAAGAUCUUUGCUACUGGGGCAGAGGACACCAUCAAUCAACGCGAUCAGAGCCAAAGGGAGCCGUUUCUCCACAGCUAGAUAUUCAUUUCCCAACAUGUGCAGUACACUCAGGACUGUUAUCUUACCGACAGCCGUAUCAAAGAGCUUGUUCCACAUCGUCGGAGGAACAGAUUCAGAUGCUUCCGAAUCCGGAACAUCGAAAGCUCCGCAGUUCAAACCUGUAACGUCUCGGAAUUCAUCCAGUGAGAAACGUAGUGGAUCGGGCCCGAAGGUGAACCAGAACUCGUGUCUGCGAGCCGUAACUAGCUGUCGCCGAUGAGCUUCGUAGAGUUCUGGCAGCGUACAACGGGAAGCUCAAACAGCCCCCGAAACUGGGAAGCCAUCAAAGUGUCCAUCGCAUCCGUCCCCCUUAGAGCAGCAGCAACAGAACCGAUGACGUGUGAUUUUGAGUAGAUGUUUACUCGCAACUUUGUCGGGUACGCACCAUAUGCGAACAGUCUCCGGGGCAACACAGAUGAGGGCACCCCAUCAGAGAAUUGCCCCCCUGAGGAAUCACCACCACCUGGGCCGUCCUCAGAUCCAGAAUCUACAAAUAGAACAAAAUCGAUAACUCAAAUAAAUGGCUUCGAACACAAAACGGUGUCGACUAAUCAUUACUAAAGAAUCUGUCCGAUGACAUGCAAUGACGGAAUCCACAUGAACGGAGGUGGACGAAACACAUACCCGGAUAGCGCUGCUGUUUCGCAGGAGGGCGCUCCGGGAGCUCCUCGCCAGAAGAUCUGGUCCGACGACGAACGGUUGUCUGACUUAGCUUGGACUUCGUCAUCACUGCAGGCGUCGUCUGGGGUCUAAUUAUCGCCGGGGAAGAUUCUCCAACGGCUGCGACAGGCUAGGGAAUACAGGUGGAUCUAGGUCGAAAGUCGAACAGUCCUCUCAGACUUUCACAGUAAAUGAAUUUACCAGAAGGUCGUUUACCGCCCAGUGUAGGUAAGACGACGAAGUUAAUGACCCGGGUUUUUUAGGAACCGGGAAAGUCGCCGAAAUUCUCACGUGCGAGAGGGGAGUGGCACUUCCGAUAUUCCUCAGCUGGAGAAAGGAUCGUUUUGUCUUUUGCUUUCAAGUUGCAUAGGGUCACAAAUACACGCGACCCAUUUGCCGAAUAAAAACUUCGCGCGGCCCAAAGCCGGAAUUAUAAACUCGAAAGUGACCCACUUUGCCAAUAUUUUCUUUGUUAACCCUAGGGGUAUAAAUGUAUAUUUACCUCUUUAAUGAAACAUUUUGGUGAUUUUGAUUCUUAGAGUUUAUAUUUGUGACUAAAACUUUUUUAGUGAUAUCCUUGGGUAUUUCCCAAUUUAAAACUAUAACUUUCUAAUAUAAUUUUUAUAUUUAUUAUAGUAUUAUGAUUUUGAUAUUUUUAUAAUUUUAUAAAAUGUAAAUAUUGUUAAUUUAUUAUUUAACCGCUGCUGCAUUUUGUAGUUAACCAGUCAUAAAUAUCCCGCAAACACACCAAUUUAUAACCGUAAAACUAGUCUUACAAAUCUCUUAAAACUGCUAGAAACCGCAACCACCCGCAUCCGUAAACUCCCGCAACCAUAACCGUAGCCGCUGCAUUUGAACCAAUCAGGCCCUAAGUCUUUCAGAUUCGAAACUGAGCUAAACCAAUCUAUUUGGACCUGAUCAUGAGAGAGAGAGAGAGAGAGAGAGAGAGAGAGAGAGAGAGAGAGAGAGAGAGAGAGAGAGAGAGAGAGAGAGAGAGAGAGAGAGAGGUAUUCGAUUCAGGUUAAAAGUCGCGUGCCUAGCAAAACAACAAAUGGGGUAAACUACCUAUUUCCACACCAGAAGUAUCAUAAAGUAGCAGUUCCACACAAUCUUUCAACCUCGACCUAGUUCCACAUAUUAGAAGUACUAAAACUUAUUUCUCCCCAGUCAGAAAGAUCAAAACUCAUAUCCAAAUGAAGGUUUGACUUGGUUUAAAUGGUUUGAACGUAAACCGAUACCAAGUUAGUAUGUUUUGGAUCGAAUUUAAAACCCAUGCCAACCUGAGAUCCAAAUGCAAACCUGACCUACCUUCCCAAUCAGACUUUGGUAAAUUUUUAAAAUCAGAUUGUAUCGAUUCAAUUAGGUUAGCCAUUGGUUAAGUUUAAAAUUUUUGAAUAGUACCCCGAUCUAAGUCGGAUUGUGUGGAUUUUAGUUCAUACUUAAUAUAUUAUGAAGAUACGGGUUUUGAUCUUUUGGAUUGGAGAGAAAUAGGUUUUAAUACUUUUAAUAUGUCGAAUUAGGCCGGGUUGAAAAAUUAUGUAGAACUCUUACUGUAUGAUACUUCCGGUGUGGAAAUAUGUUGUUCACCUCAACAAAUGAAAAAUAACAUUUUGCCAGUCACAUCUUUUUAAAUUUUUGAUAAAUUUUUUUAGGGAAUUGUACUGACAAGAUUUCUCAUCAUACGAAUAUGAAAAAUAAGAAAAGUAGAAACAAAAUAUGUUAAAAAUAAAACAAAAACAAAAACAGAAAUAGAAAUAUAAAACAAUCAGUUUACUUUACUUACAGCGCCUCACUCACUUCUCUCUCUCUCUCUCUCUCUCUCUCUCUCUCUCUCUCUCUCUCUCUCUCUCUCUAUCUAUCUCUCUCUCUCUCUCUCUCUCUCUCUCUAUCUAUCUCUCUCUCUCUCUCUCUCUCUUAUGAUGCCAAUUGGCGAUUUCGACCGACGUAAACCUACAUAUUCUGGCACCGGACCUCUUUGUUGGCGACGAUUAUGGUGCUGUGCUUUCGCCGUUUCGUCGGCGAGUCCUGAUAUUUGUUCAAUUUCAGCUCGUAACCACAUUCAAGCCAAGACCCAGCCGCAGCAGCAUCAGAGGACAACUAAAUCUGCUUUUAUAGGUCAAAACGCCAUCGCUACGGUGAGUCUGAAUGGGAGAAACGGCGGAGUUUUGGUGCUGGAGCUGAGCUCGGAGGUUCUGUCAGCUAACUCGGAUGUGUUCGCGGGUUUGAUUGCUGAGAAGUCUCCAGGUUUGACAUGCAGGAUGGAAAUCUCUGAUGUGGAAAAUCUUGGCGUUUUUAAGGAAACUGUGGAACUCAUGUUUGAGGAAGGUAAGGGUGUUUACAGAGCCAUUGAUGUACUCGAGCAUCUUGACCACAAACAUGUAGCGGCUGGACUCAAAUUUUCUAAAGCCAUCUUGUCCUAUCUGAAAUAUUUUGAAGUUGUUCCCUGGAAUGAGGACGAAGAGGAAAGAUUGAGGAGAGUUCUUGCACUUUAUAACUUGGAUGAUGCUGCAACUGAAGAAAUUUUAGCGAGGUUUAAUUCAAACGAGACAGAGAACACACAAGAAAACUUAUCAAAGCAGCUGGUUUGGUCAAUAACCUCUUGCAGUGAUACAAAUCCUAGAAACCAGCUCAAAUCUCUGGUGAACGGUAUUCUUUGCAAAAGUUCAGUGUACGAGAAAGAACAGCCUGAUAUCAAUAAGGAAGACAUAUACAAAGCAGGCAAGUACUGUGUCGAUUCAAUUGUUAAGCUGUUCGAAGAGGGAAGUAGUAGCAAGAGCGGAAAGCCAUUGAUUGAAGGUAUAUCGAGGGAAGGGGAGAACAUAAUUUGGCUGUUGAAAAUCAUGAUAGACUGGGAAAUAGCUGAGGAAUUUGUGGAGAUAUGGGGGAAGGAAAGAAAGCUAGUGGAGAUGCAUGAGGAAGCGUCGCCAAUGGUGAGGCAUGAAUUAAGCAUAGUAACAGGGUUGAUGUUUAUUGAAAUAGGGAAAUGGAGACUGCAAUGUGGAGGAGAAGCAAGAGCGGGGCUAGUAGAUAUGUGGUUCAAGCCAAUGUUGCUAGAUUUCGGGUGGCUGCAAAUGGGCAAGAAGGGAUUAGACAUGAGGGUAGUGGAAGAAGGGAUGGGGCAGACGCUUUUAACACCUAUUAAGAAGCAUUAUCCAGUGUUCAUGGAAUGUUUCAGGUGGUGCUCUAAGCAUGGGACUGAGUGUCCUAAUCUGGGCAAAGCAUUUCAGAUUCGGUGGCGUAGGCCUUUCCUUAGAGGUGCAGAUUCUUCUUCUACUUGUAGGUGAAACAAAAGUGUUGAGAGACACUACUAGGGUGUUAGCUUCAAUGACUGUUAUCUCCUCUUGUAUGUUUUCCACUUUGCUAUGUUUAUAUAGGAUGUUUCAUCAAAGCUUAGUUUAAUCGUAUGGUUACUUUCUUCUGUCA